ACACUGGGUGUGCUAGCAAGGUCUCGGGGCUUCAGCCGGUCACCGUGAACUGGAGGCUGCCGACCUCGUGAAAGAACAAUGAGGCGAGGUGGGCGGAGAGCGGGCACACCGAGGAUCAGCUCGACAGAAAGAGAGAGGAAAGCAGCUCCCGCAGCAACUUGGGCAGCUCAUCUGACACACACACACACACACAGAGCAGCAGCAUCUCCAUUCACCAAAUGAAAUCCUCGUACACCAGCCCAGGAUGGUGAAAACAAGCCCGGAGAAGAUCUCCAUGGCUCCAUCUGAAUGUGCCUGUCUUUAACAGAAAGUAACUUUUUAUAUAUAUAUUUAAAAAGGGAAGGGGUAAUCCUGAUUACAUUUAAACGACGGCAUUUUGAACCGAUGAGUUUGUAACACUUGUAAGUGCUCCAGGAAACUGAGCUUUUAAUGCCUGAGAGGAGAAUCGGGAGAAGGAAGAUUCCCAUCCAGUCAUGUUUGGUGCCCUGGCUGGUUUUUCAGUGGCGAGUUUACUGACGUUCGGUUACUUGUCCUGGGACCGGCCCGAACCUGACCUGAAAAACCCUGGGCUCCAGGAUCCGCUGAUAGACAGCGUGAAGCCAUCUCAACCUCACAUCAUCUUCAUCUUAGCUGACGACCAGGGCUUCCACGAUGUGGGUUAUCACGGCUCCGAGAUCCACACCCCGACCCUAGACCGACUCGCCGCUCAAGGGGUUAAAUUGGAGAACUACUAUAUCCAACCCAUCUGCACCCCGUCCAGGAGCCAACUCAUGACAGGCCGGUACCAGAUACACACAGGACUUCAGCACUCUAUCAUAAGGGCUGGGCAGCCUAAUUGCAUACCCCUUGCUAAUGUAACACUACCUCAAAAACUUCAAGAAGCUGGCUAUUCAACACAUAUGAUUGGAAAAUGGCAUCUAGGAUUUUAUAAAAAGGAGUGCCUGCCUACACGAAAAGGAUUUGAUACAUUCUUUGGGUCACUUACAGGCAGUGGCGAUUAUUACACCCAUGAAAUCUGCGAUGGACCCAAAACUUGUGGCUAUGACUUGCAUAAGGACGAAAAUGUAGCUUGGGAGUACAGAGCUCACUCUUAUUCUACUUUCCUAUACACUCAAAAAACUGUAGAUAUUUUAGCAUCUCACAAUCCUAAGGAGCCAAUCUUUCUGUACAUUGCUUUCCAAGCUGUUCACACACCUCUGCAGGUACCUAAAAAGUACCUGGGCCGGUACAUGUCAAUUGAGAACAUAGGCCGGCGGAGAUAUGCUGCUAUGGUAACGUGUUUGGAUGAAGCAGUAAAUAACAUUACAAGGGCAUUAAAAAAAUAUGGUUACUAUGACAAUGCUGUGAUAAUCUACUCCUCAGACAAUGGAGGGCAACCAUUAGCUGGGGGCAGCAACUGGCCACUUCGUGGGCGGAAAGGAACUUACUGGGAAGGAGGAAUUCGUGGUAUUGGCUUUGUGCACAGUCCUCUAAUAAAAAAUAAAGGGAGUGUGAGUCAAGGAUUGAUGCACAUCACAGACUGGUACCCUACUCUAGUGACACUGGCAGAGGGAGAACUUGAGGAAAAUUUGGAUCUUGAUGGAUAUGAUAUAUGGGAGACAAUCAGUGAAGGUAAACCUUCUCCACGGACUGAUAUACUACAUAACAUUGAUCCCCUUUACACACGUGUUAAAACCAGAUCACCUCGUGAUGGAUUUGGAAUCUGGGACACAGCAAUCCAAGCAGCAAUCCGAGUUAGAGAUUGGAAAUUACUGACAGGGAAUCCAGGUUUCAGUGACUGGAUCCCCCCUCAAACAUUCCCAAAUUUUGGUGGGAAGUGGUGGAAUCUUGAAAGAGUAUUAUGGGCUAAAGGAAAGUCAGUAUGGCUGUUUAACAUAACAGCUGAUCCAUAUGAAAGGGUUGAUCUUUCUCAACAGUAUCCUGAAGUUGUCAAAAAGUUACUCUUAAGACUUGCUCAAUAUAACAAAACUGCAGUUCCUGUCAAGUACCCACCUAAGGACCCUAGGAGCAAUCCUAACCUCAAUGGUGGUGCUUGGGUACCAUGGGAUAAUGAGGAUGAAGAGGAAAAUAACCUAAUUAAUAGCAAUGCCGGAGAAAGACCCUGCAGCAUCUGUAAUACAAUACUGCGUUUCAAAAAACCUGUUUGGGGUUAGUGCUCACUUUAGAAAAUUAAAUUAUAAAAAAAGCUAAUGUCCAACGAGUGCUAUGAUGGCACUUUAUAUUUUGAAAUGGUGCUAGUGUCAGUAAUUUGUGAUGUAUCAACAACAAAUUGAUGUACAAUGUGGGAGGGUAUUUUGGCUUCUCCAUGCCCCUCACAGGACUAAUAGAAGAUAAAUGACGGAAGCUCAGGAGAAGGGCAGGUACUCCAUCAGCACUUUGCUCACCAAAAAAAAUGAGAAACAGGGUGAAAGUUGAAAAUAUGUGUUUAUUUUUAAAGAUUGCAUAGAUUUGUAUCAGUGCAAAUCAAAGAUGUCCCUUUCUUCUCAGGUGUACCUAAAAAUAUAUUUUUGCUAGCAUUUGGGUCAAGUUUGGGAACACACAUUUCGAAUGAUAAUGUUUAUAUCAGAUUUUUAAUAGAAUUUCUACACCAAAUAAAAUAUUAGUGUGUUCAUUAAAUGAAUAAAAAACAGGAAAUGGA